UUCUACUCAGUACACGCUAGUUUUAAAUCUCCUUGAAGUGGGGCCUACGGGUAGCUAAUCAAGACCAUCCGUUUGUUGUAUUGCCCAUCGUGGAGCAAUCCCAAUCCACCAACCCUUUGCGUUUCCUCAUCUCACCAUAGCUAUAUCUCUCUUCUAAAACUUCAAUCAGCAGGCCACAAAUGAGAAGCUCAUGAUAGAUCAAUGAAGAAGAUUUCAGUUCAUACUCCAUCCGUAGCACGAAACAACAAUCCAACGGUCCAGAUAUCUUGACCGUGGGCCCCACUACCCAGAACGACAGAACCCGCGUAUAUCCGUGCCAAUACCUCAGGGCCGCGGACCAUAUAAUCUCCAUCCUCAUCCUCCCACGCUCGACCUCCUUUCACCUACGGUCAGACACACGCGAGUCUGACGAGAGAGAGAGAUGACCCUUUUCCGCAACCCCCGGCAGCUCCGUUAAACAGCUAACGGCGUCUCUAAUGUCCGUCGUGUCUGCCGCUUCUCUCUCCUUCUCAUCUCGUGUUUGUAGGAACCAGAGUUGCGGAUAUUGGUGAAGGGCUCUGGAAGAAACGAGGAAAAGAGCAGAUUUAGAAGUUUUGGUGUGAGCAAAACGAAACAGAGAAAUUCCAGGAAUUAGAAGUUUUGGUUUUGUAGGUUUUAUGGUUCGUCAAUUGCAGGAUGCCAUCUGAAAUAAUGGAUCAGAGGGGCGCGUCUUCAUUGCUCAGGCCGCUGUCUUUCUUCUCCGAGGAAAUCCGCUUUCCAGCAGAGAGACAAGUCGGAUUUUGGAAGCCAGGUUCCAUGCCAGAUCAUGGAACGGAAGGAAGAUCACUGAUGUCAGGUAACAAAAUGGAUGCUUCAUCACCACUGGACAAAAAUCGACAAAUGGGGGAACAUGUAGUGGACUGCGUAGAACUUUGUCAGCCAUAUAUUGUCAAAGAUCAAAAUGCCAAGCAUAGCCUUGAGCGGCACAUGGUGGGUGUUGAGAGGUCAUCCAAUCUGUCCAUGUCUUCUUGGAAGGUUAUGGAGCAGGAUUUAGGAACACGGUCAAAUUUAUAUGUGCAGCCCGCAGCACUAUUUGUUGAAGGUAACAAGGUUGGUUUGAGUGGGCCUCCGUAUGAGAAUAGUCUCUUCUCAAGCUCCUUAUCAGAAAUAUUUAACAAAAAGUUGAGAUUAUCAUCAAAUGAUGUUCUAUUCAGUCAGUCUAUCAAUGCAGUUACCUCCCACUUUGAUGAAGAUGAGCCUUUCGAGUCCCUUGAAGAGAUUGAGGCCCAAACUAUUGGAAACCUCCUCCCUGAUGAUGACGAUUUGCUUUCUGGAGUUAUUGAUGACCUCGAGUACUUCCCUCAACCCAAUAUUGGAGACGAUAUAGAAGAUUUUGACCUUUUUAGCAGCGGUGGAGGGAUGGAACUAGAAGUAGAUGAUGCUUUAAGUUGUUAUGGGGGCAACAAAAGUUCGGAUUUUAAUGGGGGAAUCCCUAAUGGUCAGCAGGGGGGGCCUAAUAGUGCUUUUGCUGGGGAGCACCCUUAUGGCGAACACCCUUCUAGAACACUUUUCGUGAGAAAUAUUAAUAGCAAUGUUGAAGAUUCUGAGUUAAGGAUUCUUUUUGAGCAAUAUGGAGAUAUCCGUACCCUCUACACUGCCUGCAAACAUCGUGGUUUUGUUAUGAUUUCUUAUUAUGAUAUAAGGGCUGCACGCAACGCGAUGAGAGCACUUCAAAACAAGCCAUUGAGGCGUCGGAAGCUUGACAUACAUUUUUCAAUUCCUAAGGAUAAUCCCUCAGAGAAGGAUGUUAACCAGGGUACACUUGUGGUGUUCAAUCUUGAUUCUUCUGUUUCAAAUGACGAACUUCGCCAAAUUUUUGGUCGCUAUGGAGAAAUUAAAGAGAUCCGCGAAACUCCACACAAGCGUCAUCACAAGUUCAUCGAGUUUUAUGAUGUUAGAGCUGCUGAAGCUGCCCUUCGUGCUUUGAACAAGAGUGAUAUUGCAGGGAAACGGAUCAAGCUUGAGCCUAGCCGCCCUGGGGGUGCAAGACGGUGCUUGAUGCAACAGUUUUCUCCUGAGUUGGAGCAGGAGGAAGAUGGUGGAUGUCGGCAACAGGGAAGCCCCCCUAAUAACUCACCAUCAGGAUGCUUUGGACCAGUCCCACCCGGGACAAGUACAUCCAGUUGCCUUGAUAGUGUUGCCAUCCAGGGCCUACAUUCUGCAACCAGAGCACCUAUUAGCCCUCUCAUUGAAACUGCAUUUCACGGGAUCUCUUCUAGUGUUCCUCAUAGUUUAUCUUCUCCGAUAAGGGUCGCAUCUGUCAGCAAUCACAGCAGUCAUUCCGGCAUUGGUGAGCCCAGCCAUUCGUUGGGCCAUAUGAAAUUUGGUUUUCAAGGCAUGCCAACUUUUCAUCCUCAUUCACUUCCGGAGUAUCAUGAUGGUGUGGCCAAUGCUGUUGCUUACAACUCCCCUGGCACCAUGUCAGCCAUAUCAGCAAACAUAACUUCCAGACCUGCUGAAGGAGUUGAUAACAGACACAUUCAUAGAGUAACCUCUAAUGGGCUGAACAAUGGUCACUCCUUUGAGCUGAAUGAAAGUGUUUUUGGCACUUCAGGAAAUGGCAGCUGCCCCCUUCACGGGCAUCAAUAUGUUUGGAACAACUCCAACUCAUAUCACCCUCAUCCCCCAAAUUCCAUCAUGUGGCAAAACUCGCCAUCAUUUGUGAAUGGUGUCCAUGCCCAUUCCCCGCAUCAAAUGCAUGGGUUUCCUAGACCACCUUCUCAUAUCUUAAACACUGUGUUGCCUUUACACCCACAUCCCCAUCACCACCACGUGGGUUCUGCACCUGCUGUCAAUCCAUCUGUCUGGGACAGGCGACAUGCCUAUGCAGGCCAUGCCGCUGAGGCAUCUGCUUUUCACCCAGGGUCCCUUGGAAGCAUGGGAUUUUCAGGUGGCUCUACAUUGCACCAGUUGGAACUCGCUCAGCAUAAUAUUUUUCCACAUGUUGGUGCGAACUCUAUUGACCCUCCGAUUUCUUCUCCAAAUGUUGGUUUGCCAUCCCCUCAGCAAAGGUGUCACAUGUUUCCGAGCCGAAACCCAAUGAUUCCUAUGCCUAAUUCAAUUGACGCACCUAAUGAGCAGCGGGUUAGGAGCCGGAGAAAUGAAGCAAAUUCCAAUCAGGCGGAUAACAAGAAACAGUUUGAACUUGAUAUCGAUCGCAUCUUGCGCGGGGAAGACUCUAGAACGACGCUUAUGAUAAAAAACAUUCCUAACAAGUAUACUUCUAAGAUGCUCUUGGCUGCAAUUGAUGAACACCAUCGGGGGUCUUAUGAUUUCAUUUAUUUGCCGAUCGAUUUUAAGAACAAAUGCAACGUUGGUUACGCCUUUAUCAACAUGAUUGAUCCUAUGAGGAUUGUUCCCUUCUUUCAGGCGUUCAAUGGUAAGAAAUGGGAAAAGUUUAACAGCGAAAAGGUGGCGUCUCUUGCAUAUGCACGGAUCCAGGGUAAAGCUGCUCUCAUUGCUCAUUUUCAGAAUUCAAGCUUGAUGAAUGAGGACAAAAGAUGCCGCCCUAUUCUUUUCCACUCCGAGGGUCCGAAUGCGGGUGAUCAGGAGCCCUUCCCAAUAGGGGUCAACAUCCGAUCAAGACCCGGGAAAACCCGGACUCAAACCAAUGAGGAAAACCACCAAGGAAGCCCAUCGAGUGGGGAAGAAUAUGCCAACGGAACGGGCUCGUCGCCGGGCUCUGUAAAGGACUCCGGUUGAGGAGGUGGGGGGGUCGUACAAGUGCACUAACCUUAGAACUGAAACCGUAGCAUUAUCACGGCUGCAGUGGUCUUUGCUGUUCCCUUGAAUUCCUAGUAAUUACAUGUAAGAGCGUGCUGGCUGACGAAGGAUUAUUCUUUUGGGGUGAUUUUGAGAAGCCUUUUAGUUUUGGAACCGAAAGCGUAGGUGAGUGACGUGAUUUUUUUUUAUUUUUUUUUUCCUUGGGAGAUUUUGGAUGAUCGUAGAGGAAUAAAUGUACAGGAGACUGAGCAAGAGGGGUGGAUGGUGUGUUUUGCGCUGCUCGGUUUGAAAAGGCUUCUCUGCUUCUUGCUUUUUUCUUUUUUCCUUUUUCCCCCAUUUUCUUCUGCUUUUCUGUUAUUUUUGUGGUUGGAAACCAUGUGGGUUUCUGCUUUUUGGAGUGGGAAGGGUGAUUGUUGAGGGAGUGUGAGACACAGGGAGAGAGAGAGAGAGAGAGAGCUUGUGUUGUGUUUGAAUUUUUUUUUUUUUUUGUGGAAGUGAUGAUGUUUUGUACUCUGCUAAAGAGGAGAGGGAGAUGAUGGGAUCCUCUAGUAAUUGAAGGUGUGAUCUUCUCUCCAUUUCAA